AUGUCAUUACAAGUGAAAACAUCAAUCUUAGAUAACGCUGACGGCUCAGCUGAAUUAAUAAUAGGAAAUUCCAAAGUCAUAGUAUCAGUAUGUGGUCCAAUAGAACCAAAACAACGUCAAGAAUUACCCAAUCAAGCAAGUUUAGAAAUCAUAGUUAGACCUUCAACUGGGUUAUCAACUACCAGAGAGAAACUAUUGGAAGAUAAAUUAAGAUCAUUAUUACAAUCAAUUAUUAUCCGUUAUAAAUAUCCUCGUCAAUUAAUUCAAAUUGUUGUACAAUUUUUGAUUAUUGAUGAACCUACCGAAUAUACUUGUAACGAAUUAAGUGCUGCUAUAAAUUGUUGUUAUUUUGCACUUAUAGACGCUGAUAUUGCUUUAAAUUCCUCAUUUGCAUCGGUUGUAUCUUGUUAUAAUCUGGGAAACUUGAUUAACAAUCCUCCUGGAGAUGUGUUGGCUACUAGUGAUUCGCAUCAUGUUGUGUGCUUUGAUAUAGUCGAAGAAAAGGCUAAUAAAGUAUUACUCUUGGAAAGUCAAGGAGAAUUCACAGAGGAAGAAUUAUUUAACUUCAUAUCAAAAUCAGUAACAGUCGCUGAAGAAUUACACACACUUCAACGUAAGUUCAUCAAGGAAAAGAUAGACAAGGAUUACAUAUGGAAGAAUUAG